AAGAGCCUAUUUGGGCGCUAUUUCGAAGCCACGGCGAGUGGGUUCUGAGAAAGAUGUUUGGGUUCUUUGAAGGGUGGCAGGAGAAUCCUAUUUCCCGGAACUAUGUCUUGCUCUCCGGCACCCACGAGCCCACCAAGGAGCACUCGCAACUUAUAGCUGAUGUCAAGACCAAGCUCACAAACAUGGGCAUUCGCAGCUUCGUGGAUUUGGAGGCCACUCCUCGCGUGGCUGAGCAGAUCGGUCUUGCUGGUGCCAGAGCCAUCGUGACAUUCUGCAGCACUGAGUAUGGCAAGAUGGAUUCAGGCUAUGAAGAACUUCAGUUUUCCCUCAAGAACUCCGAAUGCGCCCACAUUCCAGUGAAGCUCAGCCAGAAGACCGAUGUGGACCACAGCGACCAGCGAACACAGACAUCGGCCUGGGACAUUGCCAACCAUAUUCAGGUGAGUCUCUCGAAAGAGGACCUUCUGGCCGUCCAGUUGCCGCCGCCCCACGUAGGCGGCGGUGAGGGCUACCACGGAGCAAGACCAAGGGCAUGUACAAGACACAGUCUGAGUCGCAGGGAUCGUCGUGCCUGCAGCUUGCAUCAGAUUUGAGAUGCUCCUGCUGGAUCCGCCUGAGCAAAGAAAAAGAAGAACUGCCGCAUUCAUUUGGGAGUUGGUCAACACUGCCACCAGGCAAUUAAUGGUCAUUAAAUUCACAGAAACAGAGAAAAUCAUCACUGCACUGAAAAAUGCUCACUGUAAGAGUGAUGAAUCAUGACAGUUCCCCAAAGACCGUUCCAAGGAAAAUUAAAAGGAGAACCAACUACUGUAAGACCCAUCAUCCGGGGAGACCCCCAUUGGUCGUCUCCAUGGGUCUCCCACCCCAAAGAGUUUUUUACACACGCCCUGAAAAUUCCUGGUGGUCAAC